AUGGGCAGGCCCGUGACAUCCCUGGGCUCCCAGCUCUGCAGGGCAGCCUUCCUGGCACUCAUCCUAUCGCUGCUGCAGGUGAAGGGGGCGAGGCCUCAGGAAGGGAACCCAGGCCCUGAUGAGAGCAGUCCAAAAGAGAAAACACCCUCUACAGACCAGGCUCAAGAGCAGUUCGAAGAGCACUUCGUGGCCUCCUCAGUGGGUGAGAUGUGGCAGCUGGUGGACAUGGCCCAGCAAGAGGACAAGACACCGGAGAACCCAGCUAUUCGGAGCCGCCUCUUGGAAUUCGCCUUCUGCUUGAAUCUGGCCAGCAUCAUGCUUUUCUUAUGAGGAACGUUGAGGCUGAUGUGGUGGCCUGGUUCCUGGAGGGGGACCUGGAUGUCUA